CAGCUCUAGCCCGGGGCGGCCCAGGCGGCGGCGCCGGAGCCCAAGGCAGCUGGACGUGUGGAGGAGCGCGGAGCCGGAUCCCCACAGGACGAUUGUGACUCUCUGGAACGGGGUGCUCUGCAAAGACCAGGACCUGCUUCUUUUGAAUCUCCCGGCAUCCUGGCGAGAGGAACCCUCUUGGUAUUUUCUAACCCAACUCGUGGAUUCGAACGUGGCUCCUCUCCGAGCGCAGCCGCUGAUUCCUAAGACCCCAGCCCUGGCGGUGGCCGCCGCGCACACCCUCAGAAGACUCGUUGGGGCAGGAGCACUAGGGUCUCUCAGUGCGCCGCGGCAGGGCCGAAGGUUUCUUUGGAGGAGGGUCCCAGGAGAGCCUGUUUGGGAUUUACGGUGAAGCAUGGAGGAGAAUGAUCCCAAGCCCAGCGAAGCGGCGGCGGCGGCGGCAGAGGGGCAGCGUGAGUCCAGCCCUAGCGGCGGCUCAGGCGGCGGCGGUAGCAGCCCCAGCGACUCUGAUACCGGCCGCCGGCGGGCUCUGAUGUUGCCCGCGGUCUUGCAGGCGCCAGGCAAUCACCAGCACCCGCACCGCAUCACCAACUUCUUCAUCGACAAUAUCCUACGGCCAGAGUUCGGCCGGCGAAAGGAUGCGGGGACGAGCUGCGUGGGCGUGGGCGGAGGAAGAGUCGGCGGAUCCGGCAACGAAGGCGGCGCGGGAGGCGCGGAGGGAGUCGGCGGCUCGGGCGGCGCAGAGCAGCUCCUGGGAAGCGGCACCAGGGAGUCCCGGCAAAACCCGCCCUGCGCGCCGGGCGCCGGAGGGCCGCUACCCACUAGUGGCGGCGACUCCCCGGGUGAUGGAGAAGGCGGCUCCAAGACGCUCUCGCUGCACGGUGGCGCCAAGAAAAGCGGCGACCCCGGAGGCUCCCUGGACGGGGCGCUAAAGUCCCGAGGCUUAGGCGGCGGCGACCUGUCGGUGAGCUCAGACUCGGACAGCUCUCAGGCCAGCGCCAACCUGGGCACGCAGCCCAUGCUCUGGCCGGCCUGGGUCUACUGCACGCGCUACUCCGACCGGCCUUCUUCAGGUCCCAGGUCUCGAAAACCAAAGAAGAAGAACCCCAACAAAGAGGACAAGCGGCCCAGGACGGCCUUCACGGCUGAGCAGCUGCAGAGGCUCAAGGCGGAGUUCCAGACCAACAGGUACCUGACGGAGCAGCGGCGCCAGAGCCUGGCGCAGGAACUCAGCCUCAACGAGUCUCAGAUCAAGAUCUGGUUCCAGAACAAGCGCGCCAAGAUCAAGAAGGCCACGGGCAACAAGAACACACUGGCCGUGCACCUCAUGGCCCAGGGGCUGUACAACCACUCCACGGCGGCUAAGGAGGGCAAGUCGGACAGCGAGUAGGGUGGCGGGCGGCGCCAGGGCAGGUCUCAGGCCGCAAAAACAAUGCAAUAAUUUAAAAUCCUAAAUAAAGGGCCAGUGUAUAAAGAUUAUACCAGCAUUAAUAGUAAAAAUAUUGUGUAUUAGGUAUGGUACUGCAAUAUUCUAUGUAUAUAUAAUUUACAGGUGGUGUAAAAUCCAAAAUAUCUGACUAUAAAGUAUUUUUUGAGUUUUUUGUGUUUACGAGAUUAUGCUAAUUUUAUGAUUUUUUUUUUUUUUUGCAAAGGGGGCUGCUUAGGGCUUCAUCUUUUUUAAUCCCCUAAGCUCCGUUAUGGGACAUCAGACACUUUUAUUAUUAUUAUUAUUUCAAAAGAAGAAGAAAUUAAAACAACUUGCUGAAGUCCAAAGAUUUUUAUUGCUGCAUUUCACACGACUGUGAACCGAAUAAAUAGCUCCUAUUUGGUCUAUGAGUUCUGCCACUUUGUUUGUGUUGGCUUGAUGAGGCCCCAAACUCCGAGCCUGGGUCAGCACCUCAGGCCCUCUCCUCUCCUGGCUGGGAGAGGAGAUGCCCAGGGUCUUUGGACAGUUCUAGGUCUCAGCCAAGAGAAUCUGCCCCUGGGUGACAGGAGGGCCUGCUCCCAGCCUGGCGGCAGCCUCCCAGGGUGCCUCUCCUCACCCGCCUCCUGAGGUCUCUCUCCCCUGCCUCCUCUGAGGCACAGCGCUCGCUCUCCUCAGUGCGUACAUGUACUUCUGUCGGCGUCUGUGUUGCUGUCCUGUCUGUCCCUUGUCCCACCGCAACCCUGUGGCAAGUCUCAGGGCCAACUCUCCAGCCCCAGGCCCUCAGUGAAGCUUCCCGCCCGCUGCAUUGGCAAGUCCCGGCCCUGAAACCAGACCAGGUCCCUGUGGACGCACGCGCGGCCAGGGAGUUGGCUGCCUUCUUGUCCUUUUUCUUUCCUCUUUUUUCUUUUCCGUUUUUCUUUGGAGUGCCCACUUUGGCUAAAGUGAACAUUUUUCCAAGAUAGGUGGAUGGGCAUGUGUGCAUAUUUGUGUCUGCAUGUGUCUGCACACACCAGGCAUGUGUAGGGCCGGUGGUUUGGGAACCUGUGGCUAUGCUGGCUUUCAAAGGAACUAAGAACAUUCCAGGAUCUGGAGGAAGGAGGAAAGUGUGUAAAUAACCAUUCCCUAUCAUGUUUUGUCUUUUUUUUUUUUAAAAAAGAAAAUAUACAUUUUAUUUUUUGAAGGUGUGGUACAGUGUAAAUUAAAUAUAUUCAAUAUAUUCCCCACCAGGCACAUAUAUAUAUAUAUAAACAAACACAUUAUAUAUAAGUCCACACUGUCUUCUGUUUGUUUUAGGAAAAGGUGUCCAAAUGUCCAUCGGGGCCAGGAGGGACAGCCCAGGGUUGUGCACAUGGCCAAGCUGGGGUCAGGCUGCCUCCCUGAGGACUAGGGGUGGACUCCUCUCUUUGCCUUAAGCCUCUUUAUUUCACUGCGACAAUAGUUUCAUUUUGUACAUAAUAGUGUAAACCUUUUUGAAAAGGAAACUAUAAAAACAAGAGUUGUAAUUUAAAAUUCUGUGAAUAACCAUCUGCUGCUUAGGAAACUCAAUGAGAUGACAUGCCUUUUUAAGCAGGAAUUAAUUUUUUUUUUUAGUUUAUGAAAUGUGCAUUUUACAGUUUCAGUAUCAAAUAUUUAUAAUCUUAUAAGAAAUGAAUGUUUCUAUUUACAACUGUGGUUAUCAAAAUUGUGAACAUUUCCACCCCCGCAUUUUUGUGUGUUUAAAUUCUUGAAAGUUACAUUAAAUAAAGAGAAACACCUCUUUAUUAUAAAGUAUUGGUGGUCCAAGCUGGA